AUGGUUGAUAAAACUACUGAUGGUCCCAUGCAGCGGUUCCUUCCCUCUGAGUUUGGGAUGGACGUGGAUCGGAUGGAGCACGCAAUCCCCCCUGGUGACUAUGUGUUCAAGGACAAACGUGUGAUUCGGCGGGCCGUUGAAAAGGCCAAGAUCCCCUACACUUACUUCUCGGCCAACUGUAUGGCUGGCUACUUCCUGGCCGCUCUGGCUCAGCUGGGCCACUUCAUGCCACCCACCGAUCAUGUCUACAUCUAUGGCAACGGCGAUAAGACCGACAAGGAUUGUAUUUGGGUGGAUGAGGAUGACAUGGCAAUGUAUGCUAUGAUGGCCGUUGAUGAUCCACGGACACUGAACAAGACUCUCUAUCUCCGUCCACCUGCUAAUAUACUGACCCAGAUGGAGGUGGUGAAGAUCUGGGAGAAACUGAUUGGAAAAGAGCUGAAGAAAACCUUCGUUACACAGGAGGAAUGGCUUGGCAACAUGGACAAGAUGCCACCUCCACUGCAAAUCGGGGUGGCCCACCUGUACCAGAUCUUCUACCAUGGUGACUUGGAGUUCAAAGUGAAGGGCCCACAUGGUGUGGACAGCCAUGACCUGUACCCAGACUACAAGUACGGCACUGUUGAAGAGUACCUCAAGCGUUUCACCUAAGCUCUUAUUAUUGCUUUGGAAAUUAUGGUUAUAUUUAAAGAUUUGGUGCAUGAAAUAGUAAAUAAAGAAAUGUUAAGUGUCCUAAAUUUCUAAUGGUUAUUUUCCCUCAACAAUG